ACUUCAGUUAAUGACCAAAUUUAAUAUAGACUUGCAGAUGUACAUGCGGCGGUAGACGAAUACGGACGAAAAAUACCAUCAAUAUAUACCCCUAGAAAUCCUUUAGGUAAAGCUUCAGCACUCACCAUUUUGUUCGAUAAAUUCUGCCGAAACAAUGGAUACAUCGAACCCCAGCCACCUUUACCACAGUACCUUAUCAUUUUCGAUAUCAACAAAUCAAACACCUUGUUACCGAUCAUCGAGGAUAUGGAAGACACAAUCAUCUACUACGGGUUUUUCCGUAGCGCCGAUCCUGAAAACCCCAAACUGUUGUGUAAAGACCCUGAAUUGUUGUCUGUAUAUGGCAUGGACAAGAUUGGCAAAGAGGCUAAAUUGGUGUUGUCUGUGCUUAUGGACGACAAGGACAAGAGUCUGUUGCGGUUGGUCGACAUUGGUCCGAUAUACGUGAGCCCGGAUCACGAAGCGGGCAUCGACGAUGCUAGUAAAUUUUUCCCAUAUAACUUCGACGAGAUGGACGGCGAGAUAAAAUUGUGGCUGGCACAGCAAGAGAUUCGGAACGAGGAGGAUAUAGGCGCAGAGUACGAAUUAUACGAAGGUGAUGAGGGAAUUAUUGAAGAAGAGUACUCAUCGCAAGAUCAGCAACAGGUUCCAGCGAAUUAGAAUGUCUUCGAUUAAUAUUAUGCAAGUUUGAUUAUUUCCAAACAUUGGCAUGGAUUCAGGAUUAUAUUUUGGUCUCAAUUAUUAACUAUUAUAAUAAUAUGUGUAUAUACAUAAUUGUACAUAUUAUACCUAUAUUCCAUUAUAUCCACAGUAAAUAUUUUAUAGAUACCUAAUCAUACUAUUAUAAUGGGAAAUAUAUAGUACGGGUAGAAUUGGGGUCAAAUCAGUU